CGCUCGAGGGGCCACUCAUCACCGUCGCCGCUUGGUGCAUGCGACCGAGCUCGAGACGACGAAGACGAUCCUCCUCCUCGUACUAGACCAAGACAAGCAGCAGCAGCAGCAUGGCGUUCCUCGCCGACCUCAAGCGCACCAAUGGCAAGACCAACCCGCUCCUCGGCGGUGGCAUGGGUAUGGGCAAGAAGACCAACUUUGCGCGCGCGCUCAACCUGCCGACGGCGCCGCUCUUUCCAUCGACGUCCAAGAAGGACGAUAGCGAGACGAACGAUGGCACGUUUGCGACGCCGCUCGCCAAGUCAGCGAUCGAGAUUUUGCUCGAGCUCGAGGCCAAGCAGGAAGAAGAAGAGCGCCUCCGCGGCGGCCACGUCACCGACGACGACGACGACGCGCCGCCAAUACGCAGCACGAUCCGAGGACCAAUGCAGCGGCAGAACGCGUUUCUCGACACGCGGCCGGCGCCAGGCCCGCCCAAAGCGGCGUCGCUCGAGGCCAUGGUGCAGCAGAAGCGGAAACCCUCCAAGAAAGGCAAGAAGGGGCUGCCGCCAGCCAAGAACCCGACGCUGGAAGAGAUGAUGAAGAGCCGGCAAGCGACGACCGACAACAGCGCGCCGCCCCGCAAUGCGAUGCUCGAGGAGAUGAUGAAGAAGCGCACUGCGUCCAAAGGCGGCGACUCGCCCAAGAAGCCCGCGCCCAAGAAUGCGAUGCUCGAAGAAAUGAUGAAGAAGCGAGCAGGACCGGUCGAGCCCGAGCCGCCAUCCGAUGUCAAGACGAUCGAGCCGCCACCUCCGGUAGUCGAAGACGAAGCGCCACCAGUAUCACGGAACGCGAUGCUUGAAGAGAUGAUGAAGAAACGCGCCGCGCCGGUUGAAGAGCCGCCUGCGCCAGCACCGGUCGCGCCGCCGUCAUCGCGGAAUGCGAUGCUAGAAGAGAUGAUGAGGAAGCGGGCCGCGCCAGUCGACGAACCACCGGCGCCGGCACCGGUCGCGCCGCCGUCGUCGCGGAAUGCGAUGUUGGAAGAGAUGAUGAAGAAGCGCGCUGCACCUGUGGAAGAGCCGCCGGCGCCGGCACCGGUCGCACCGUCUCGGAACGCCAUGCUCGAGGAAAUGAUGAAGAAGCGGGCCGCGCCAGUCGAAGAGCCGCCAACACCGCCGUCACGCAAUGCGAUUCUGGAAGAGAUGAUGAAGAAGCGAGCGCCACCGGCCGCUGCACCCACGCCAUCGUCGGACGGUGGCGGCAAGAAUGCGAUGCUAGAAGAGAUGAUGAAGAAGCGAGCGCCACCGGCCGCUGCACCCACGCCAUCGUCGGACGGUGGCGGCAAGAACGCGAUGCUGGAAGAGAUGAUGAAGAAGCGGGCUCCACCGACAGCACCAGCCUCGGGCGGCGGUGGCAAGAACGCGAUGCUCGCAGAGAUGAUGAAGAAACGCGCGUCGCCGGAUGCGCCGUCGCCCAGUGGCGACACGCCAGAAGCAACGCCGGAAGCCGAUGCGGCGUCUGCUGCCGGUAUCCCCUUGCGCGACGACCCAAAGUACUCCAAGUACUUUUUGAUGCUCAAGCGCGGUUUGCCGCGUCCCGCCGUGCAGCACAAGAUGAUCCAAGAGGGCGUCGACCCAAGCAUUUUGGACAUGGGCCCAAACCUCCCGUUCAAGUUGCCGACGCUCGCUGAAGACCCGACGUACGCCAUGUACUACAAGAUGCUCAAGACCGGGUUGCCCAAGGAGGUCGUGCAGCACAAGUUGUCGGCCGACGGCAUCUCGGCGCGGCUCCUGGACCUCGACCCGAGUCACCCGAGCGUACCCAAGAACAAGAUUGACGAAGCGUUCCGCGCGCACCAGCUCAAGAUCAUUGAAAAAUACAAGGUCAUGCUCAAGCGCGGUAUGCCCGAAGGCGCCGUGCAGCACAAGAUGAAGAUGGACGGCGUUGACCCGAACUGGCUCUACCCCGAGAAGGCCCCCGCGGUCGCGCAAGGCGCCAACUUGGCGCGGCGUCUCACCAAGCCCGACUCGAUCCGGAAGAAGCUCCAUUGGUUCGUCCUCUCCAAGGACAACCUCACGGGCAACAGCGCGACGCUAUGGAAGCAAACGUCCCAAGUCGAGCUCUCGUCGGCCAGCGUCGAAGCCCUCGAGAAGACGUUUGUCAAGAGCCUCAAGGAGGCCGAAGCGCCAAAGCCCAAGAACUUUCAGCGCCAAGAGUCGUUCCGCGGCGGCGCCCCGUCCAAGAUCUCGCUGCUCGACAUGAAGAAGUCCCAGAACAUUGCGAUCACGCUCGCCCGCAUCAAGAUCCCGUUCGAUCGCAUCAAGGCGGAAAUCCUCGACUUGAACCCGACCAUCAUGUCGUCCAUGCACCUCAAAGCACUCAUCGACCUCUGGCCGGACGUGACCGAGAUGGACACGAUCCGCAAGUUCCCGGGCGACGUCAACAUGCUCGGGACGGCCGAGCGCUUCUGCCACGAGAUGCGCGAUACGCCGCGCUUCACCGACAAGAUGCACUGCCUCGUGUACAAGCAAGAGUUUCCGACGCGCAGCCACGAGCUCCACGAGACCAUCCUCUUGGUGCAGCGCUGCGUGCACCAGAUCUGCGAGAGCACUGAACUCCGGGACAUUUUGCUCCUCGUCCUGCGUAUUGGCAACCUUCUCAACUUUGGCAAAGAAGCCGCCGAGACCCAAGUCGCGCCGGGCUUUUCGCUGAGCUCGCUCGUCAAGCUCUCGCAGACGAAAGCAUUCAUUGGCCAGACGACGCUGCUCCAGUUCCUCGUCGAGACGGUCGACCGUGAUGCACCCGAACUCGCCAAAUUUGAAGAUGAAAUCGGCCUCCUCGAACGGGCGUCGCGGGUGCUCAUUCCGCAGCUGCACCAAGAGAAGAAGGCACUCGAGACGGGCCAUGCGCUCUUGGUGGCCGAGGCCGAGAAGAUUGAAGACGAAGAAGGCGAAGACAACUUGACGGCCGCCGCGAUCCGCAACUUUGCCGACAAGUCGGCCAUGGAGCUCAAGGAUCUGACGGACCAGCUGAGUACACUCUCGGAUCGGAAAAAGCAAUUUCUCGACUAUUUUGGCGAGCAAGGCGACUAUGAACUCGACGAGAUGUUUAGCGCGCUCUGGGCGUUCACCGAAGAGUUCCGCGUGGUCCACCGCAAGUUCCUCCUCAAGAAGGCGCGCUCGAAAACCAAGCCGCCGGCCGCCGCCGAGUGCGCCUAGUCAAAAUCGGCUCCUAAGCAACUGUACUAGUAUAUAUUUACAACCUUGUACACGUAUAUAUACCCCAUGGUGAUUCGGGUUCUAUUGUGUGUGGAUUAGGGUUCUGUCGACGCGG